AUGGACAACCGUGCUAUAAGACUCAACCCUAACACCCGGCGCAACCUCUUCGCUGCCCACACGGCCCAGCAACAACCGCCCGCCUCACGACGCCAGAACCAGAAUGCACCUUCAGUUCGACCCGACAGCCGCGAGAUUCAACAAGACAUUUUCACGCAACCCGUUGAAGAUGAACUAGUCGAGAAGGAUGCACAGGGAGAUUACAUCAUCCAUGCGCCGACCCCGGUGUACAAGAAUAUGGGCACGGCCAGCCUUGGGCCAGAGGGAGAUGAAGAGGGCGAACAUGAAAACGAGUUGAUUGAAAUGUACGGCAAGCCGAAUGUGCACUGGGCUGCAGCGGGAAUUGAAGAGGAGAUCAGGAUUGCGCUGAAGAGUAGCUUAAGGAAAAAGGUGGCGAGUUUGGAGGAUGAUGGAUGGAUGUUUCAAGCAGAGAGCGAGAGUAAGAAGUGA